AUGCCGCGCCGACCACAUUCACGCUACACCCAUGAAACUUCGAUCACGCCCAGCUCUCCCCACUACUCUAUGGGGCAGAAGCAGCGCGACGUCUCCCUGAAGUACUAUCACUACCUACGAGCGGCUAUCACAAAUAGCUAUGACUUUACAACCGUACCUCCCGACCUAUCUCGCGGACAGCUCUUCGAACGACAAGGCGUGCUGUUCGAUCGGUACACGGACUACACGCUCGAGCCGAUCCUGGGCGUGAAGCUUCAGCCUCGCGAUGACGGUACAUUCCACCCGACAGACCUGGACCUGGAGGUCAAGUUCUUUCAGCUGAACUGGAAGACGAGGGAGGGAGGCGUUCUGCGAUAUAUCGAUGAGGAACGGGGGUUUUGGACGCUGAUCCUGAACUACAACGCAACGUUCCCGCAAACCACGGGUUGGGCGGCGCUGGAUAGGCUGUUUGCGAGACUGAAGGCGAACGACUUCGAUAAGGGCUCUAUAACCUGUCAGUUCUUUGCUCGCGAAUCGGGCUGUCUGGAUCCGGAGUGCCCGUUCCGACAUAACAAGGACAGCGCUCUGCGCGAUCGCGAGAAGAUCCUCACCGCCAGGCGCAACGCUCUGAAUCGCCCGAGCUCUCUCGCUCUCCGAGAGUACCAACAGCGUGAAAUCAAAGCGCUGUUGAGGAGAACGGGCAUGACCAUGAAUGAGCUUCUCGGCAUGAAUGACGAUGGCGACCUCGAGGACGACGACGAUGGUGACGGACCGUUGCAUCCAGAGCACCAAAAGAUACUCGACGACUCUCAUCGCAUACGCGCUAUAUGUGAGAACACUGGCUGUACCAAUCUCAUGUGGAAGGGCGAGGGAGAUACUACAGAGAUGGCGAAGUGCGCCAAGUGUAAAGCAGUGCGUUACUGCUCGCGCGAAUGUCAAACGGCAGAUUGGCAGGCACACAAGCCGACAUGCAUCCCUUUUGAUGAUCUCGUCGAUGAUGAUGACAACUGGACCUCUUUUGGAGAGAGGGUUGGUACCACGGCAUUCUAG